AUAGGUAUGUGUUUUUUGGACAUUAAAAUCAUAUAUUUUCCAGAUUCGGCAUGAAAAUUUCUCGUUCAAGCAUAUCACAUCUGAGUAUGUUGCUUAAAAGAUCAAAAGAGCGAUAGGCUUAUCAAUUAAUGUAAUUUAUUAUUAUAGUCUAACUUAUCUCUUUAAUCUGUAUUUGUUUUUUUUUCUUUACAAAUUGUCGAACACAAUUCCUAAUAACAAAAUAACGUACGAUGUGUUCGAUUCGAAAGUGCCCAAUUCGAAAGCGCGAAAGGCAUUUAGAAUUCUAGAGAGAAAUUUUACAUGUAUAAUGUAUGUAUAAUUUACAUAUAGUUAUACAUUCUGCUUGAUAUGUAUAUGUAAUAAUUCUUUUCUACUAGAUCUUUGUACUACACACAGAAGAGUUAUGUUUAUGCGUUUUUUUUUAACGAAACGUUUAUAAUUAAUUACGUUAGAUAUAGAAGAGGAAAGGUGAAAUAUAUAGAUAAGAGGACGAAGCUCACGAAACUCAUUACGUGGCAGAUAGCGCUGUUCGCUGUUCUUUCGAAAUUCACAGCCUAGCUCGUUUAUUUCGAACGAAAAAAAUAUUCUCCUAUCUUGCUUUGUCCGCGACACGUGCUGCGACUGCUGCAGUCGCUGCGAAACGCGGUCGCUGGGUCAACAACAGCUGACAGGGUCGACCGGUCGACAGUGUCGCAGUGUCGCGGGUUGGCGGCGGUAGAAGAGGAUAUCUGCGCAUUUCUUCGCGUGCACCGUGUUGAUGUGCCGCGGUACGGUACUCGAAGACUUUCGGCUGCCCGGCGGAAGACGCGGCUUCCCACUUUUCCAGUCGGUCGGACCUGGUCGGACCGAUCCGCUGCGAUCCGAAUGCGUUUGACGCGUGUGCUCUGACAUGGUCUCCCUUGGAAGUCGCAAGGAGAGCCGGCACUCCCGCGUACUGUGGCCGGUGAUCCUGAGUGCCUGCGCUAUCCCGAUCUCGAUGCUCUUCUGGAUAGUGAACGUGGCCUACUCGAUAAUGUGGCCGGACACCGCCGACCCGACGACGGAAGAACACUCGGUGAUCUCACCAUGGAGAUGGCUGGCUGCAGUCGUACUUCCACUUAUGUUCGCGUUUUGGGGUUUACGCAGAAAAAGUCUGGAUGUUAGCGGUGGAAUUCUUGGCUUUUUUAUGGGCUUUAUCCUGACACUUUCGAGUUUCGCUCAUAUGAUGGCUCUCAUAGCGUUCUUCGUCACUGGUUCAAAGGUAACAAAAUUUCGAUCUACUCGAAAGAAGAAACUCGAAGUUGAUUUCAAGGAGGGUGGCCAACGGAAUUGGAUCCAGGUGCUGUGUAAUGGUGGCAUGGCCACGCAAUUAGCUUUACUAUACUUAUUGGAUGCCGGAAGCGGAGAGCGACCAAUCGACUUUGUUAAGGAAUACCGAAGCUCGUGGUUGUCCAUUGGGAUAAUAGGAGCGUUCGCGUGUUGUAACGGUGACACGUGGGCCUCUGAGAUUGGUACGGUAAUCGGCACGAGUGACCCUUUCCUCAUCACAACGAGGAAAAGAGUCCCGAGAGGAACGAAUGGUGGUGUAUCGUGGAUAGGUCUGGUAUGUUCUAUCGUUGGCGGUUUAGUAGUCGGACUUUUCUAUUACAUUAUGAUAUUAAACACCGUUGACAUAGCUGUACUGCAAUUAGCAGCACCACAAUGGCCUAUUGUAGUUGUCGGGGCAUUCGGAGGUCUCUUUGGCAGCAUCUUAGAUUCUAUUCUCGGCGCGACUUUACAGUAUUCAGGAGUGGAUGAAAAGGGUAUUAUAGUGGAGCGGCCAGGGAAAGGUGUAAGACACAUUUGUGGUAAACAGAUCCUAGAUAAUCAUAGUGUAAAUCUUCUUUCUACUAUUGGUAUCGCACUCAUACUUCCGAGAUUAGCCAAUAUGUUCUGGCCAUAAAAAGUUCAUAAAAAGAUCUGUUCCAGAGAUCUAUUUAAAAACAAAAUGUUCUAAUAUUGCAUUUAUUAUUCUAUAUUUAAACAAAUCAAAUUGUAUAUCGUGUACAUUUCUAUGCUACUCUAUUUAGGAAUAAAAAUGUUAUAUUAGAGGAAUCAAACAAAGGAUCUUCCUUAAGAUUAUUUUUAUCGUACUAUCAAUUUUUAAUAUAAUAAAUAUUCUAAAAUAGCAAUAA